AUGCGGCCCGAAAACCUUGAAACGUCCCUGUCCGGUCCUCGUGAGACGAAGCCAAGUGUGUACGCUAUGAAUGAUCAGACAUUUCACACGCCAUCAUUUGGAGACGAAGAAUUUGAUAUUCCAAUGAUACAUGGCCAGCAUGCACCCAGCGGUGUAGUGCAUGUCACGCAAAUACAGUAUACACAAAUACAUCAUUCCGCGCCUCAGGUUGGAAUGAUGAAUCCAGCUCAAGACGGUUUGGCACCACCGGGCGGAGCGCCGUCUUAUCAACAACCUCUUUACUUGCAAGAACCACAUACACCUGUAACAUCACACGGCGGGGCAGGAGCUCCAGCCGGUAAUUACAUAAUACAGCAACAACCUGGUGGUCAACAGCGUCUACUUAUGAUGCAACCAUCCCAAGUAAUGAGUGGUCCACCAACACCUAGCACUCCUACUCAACCUGGGCCUGUGUAUGGAUCACCACAACAAGCAUCUCCUCCAGGGACCACAAGUGACGACUCUGAUGAUAGUGUUCCUUCUCAACAUUCCCAGUUGCCUGGUGAUGCGGAAAGCCUUCUGCCUAUCCAUUAUUGCUCAGCGAGCCGGCAGCAACAAACUACGCUUCAUCAGAUGGGCGUUAGUAACAUUGGGGUAAAAAGAUCAUCUCCAGAACCAAUGGAUAAUGGAAUUAAUCGUGGACAAAUGCAAAAGAAACCAAAAGUGCAGAAAAAAAAGAAAAAACGUGACCCCAAUGAACCCCAGAAGCCUGUAUCUGCUUAUGCCUUAUUUUUCCGGGAUACCCAAGCUGCUAUUAAAGGACAAAAUCCCAAUGCAAGUUUUGGUGAAGUGUCUAAAAUUGUUGCAUCAAUGUGGGAUGGUUUAGAUUCUGAACACAAAAGUGUUUACAAGCAAAAAACGGAAGUAGCGAAGAAAGAAUAUCUUAAAGCACUAGCAGCAUACAGGGCUAGUCUAGUAUCAAAGGGUGGCGAACAAGAAAACCAGGUCAUGUUUAAUCACUCAAAUUCGAAUUCUUCAUUUGGAAACUACUACCAAGGACAAAAUUAUGGCAAUGGACAUACUCCGCAAGGCUAUGUACCAAAUUCGUCCCCACAAGCCUAUUCACCUCAAAGUUAUCCAGGAGGCCAACCUUCGCAAACUUACCCAGGCCAAAGUGGGCCUGGAUAUCCACCAAAUCCUCAACCACCACCUCAAAACUAUCAAGGCAACAUGGGACAUCCUUCGCAAGCAUAUCAAGGUGUUACCAGUCAAAAUCCUCAAGGCUAUCAAGUGAAUCCAGCUGCUUCUCCUCAGACUUGUCCACCUAACAUAGCACAAUCUCCAAGAAACUAUCAACCUGCUCAGUCUCCUAAUAAUUUUCAAUCGCCACCUGGUAUUUCACCUCCUGGGUACAGACAAGUCCAAACUCAGUCACCGCCAAUGGGUUCUGCUCAUACUGCUCUGCAGUAUCAUCAUUCUCAACAGAUUCAACAGUCUCCAGAGCAAAAUGAAAACCGAAGUACACCUUCCUGCAUUCGACAGGGUUGCACAAAUCCAGCAAUUGCUAACAAUGAAUGGGAAGAUGAAUAUUGCUCGAAUGAAUGUGUUGUCAGUCACUGCAGAGAUGUCUUCAGCUCCUGGGUCGCCUCAAACGCAAAUAACCAAAUUCAAAAUUUUUCUGCUGUUAAA